AUUUCCUACAGCUCGGCUGGACUUGAGGACGCACAAGCCACUGUGUACAAAAACCGAUGGAUUUUAUAUGCUGAAGUAGGCCGUAUGCCGAGCAAUUUGCAUUAUAGCGGAACAUAAAGGCAUGCGCUCCUGUCUUAUGCCCAUUGUCGCUGGAUGGGUUCAUAUUGGCUGCUGGAGCCUGCCUCCUUCAAAACAUGUCACCACCCUGCUCCCACGGCUAACAAUCAGGGCCUAUUUGCAGAACUGAAGCGGUCUAGUCUGGUCUUCACUUGGGAAAAUAUCUCUGGCUUUGUUCACAAGGUCUGCCUGUGCUUGCGCGCCUGAGCGUAUGCGUGUGUAUGUGUGUGUGAAGUGUGGAUAGCCAUGAGAGAGAGGGAGAGAGAGAGAGGGAGAGAGGACAUGCUGUUCUAUCCAUCAAAAUGCCCGCAUUGUGUUUUCACACGGUAGAGCAGCAAGCAGGGCCUAUAGCGGAGGACAUGGCUUCAAACUGCAGGCCCGAUCAGCGCUCAGGAGCAGCAAGGAUCAAUAAAGACUGAUGCAUUUUUGCGCGUCUUGAGAGCGGCUGUGGGCUCGCUGGCUGGCCGGGGCCUGUCCAGUUCUGGUGAUGUUUUUGGUUCCAUGCCAAGACGAAUGACCAGCUUACUGUUGUGGUUUUGCUUUUGUCCAUCGGAAAUGCCCCCAGUCGUAAAUGUUUUCGAUAUGGAGGCUUAGAGGAGGAGGAUUCUGCCUUUGGAGGGGCAGAAAUUCAUAUUUGUGUUGGUAUUUGAGGGUACAGCUUCCUUCUGUUAGCUCGGAAUGCGCCAUAGCAGAAAGUUUGAAAAAUCAACAGGCUGAAGAAAUCAAAGCAAUUGAGGUGACAGAAAACACUUCUCCUUCAAUGGCUUAGACAAGCCAAUGUGAGCUCAGCUGCCCUCCAGUGCUGUCGUUUUGACUUGGCAACCGUCCGCUGCACCGCCCAGCUCGUCCUUCUCCAUACAGUCACGUUUGUGCUCAGAGUUCUGUCUGCCUACCGUCAGUCAGUUUUCUCCUGUAGUGGUGCAGUCUGAUGGAUCAGCAUGUCUACCACUAAUAAUAUCGCCCAAGCCAGGAAACUGGUGGAACAGCUGAGGAUUGAGGCAGGGAUCGAACGCAUUAAGGUGUCUAAAGCGGCCGCAGAUCUGAUGAGUUACUGCGAGCAGCAUGCUCGCAGCGACCCUCUGCUGGUUGGGGUUCCCACCUCCGAAAACCCUUUCAAGGACAAGAAACCCUGCAUCAUCUUAUAGCUGCGCUGCACUCCUCCAGGCCCACGCAUACACUCAUGCACAUACAAACACACACUCACACAUACACGGUCAGUACUUUUUUCCAGACUUCCCAAGACACACACGUGAGCUCACACACUUCAAGCACCCCAAGCUAACAACACAAACACACACACGCACAAUUCCAAAAUAGUCACUCUGGAAAAGCGCCAUACCCUAAGUGACAGCUAGGGGGCAGGUAUCUUGUGCUCACAGUGGCUGAGAUCAGUAUAUCACUGAGUAUGAUCCAAGGUGCUUUGGUAAUAUUCAUAUAUGCUGGUAAAUUAACUACAAGUGUCAGCUUAACUUAAAAAAGGGAUUUGGAUAUUAAUAAUAGGAAAUCAUGAUUUUUUUCUUCCUCCUUCUUUUGUCGUGAAAUAGAGGGUUGGGUGAAGGAUGGACAGCAGUACCAUAGGCAGGGAGUGGGAGGAUGCAUGUAGGCAAGAGAAAAGGCCAGUAGGCGUUCCUGCCGACCGUGCCAAACACGACCUGUUGUGCCACUAAAAGCUCAAGAAAUGCUUUUUUUAGGCUGUUAAAAAGGUCUGGGAUCUGUGCCCUCAAACCUGCCUGUUCUAAAUCAUGGCGGGUCAUUUUGGAGCAAGUGGCUGAAGCCUUUGCCUUUAUUGGGCUAGCAUGGUUCCCACCCAAACCUGUAUCAGCAGUCCCUCUCUGCCUGUGGCCUCAGUAUGGCCGUCUGCAGCCUUUGGCCAAACCUUCCAGCUGUGCCAACAUGUACAGAACCUUGUCACUAGAUGCUGAUCUGCCUUCAGUCAUCCUGCUGCAGUUCAUUAUGGCUGCCGCUGGUUGAAAUCGAUGUCUAAGCUGAUGUCAGAUCUGCAUCUAGAAGGGGAACAUAGUGAACUGCUCUAAACAGAACUCAAGCUAUUAACCCUGGACGUUUACUGCAUUUUUCUUAAGAAAUACUUGUUUGUGAACUCAAUGUAUGUUUUGAUAUUUUGUUUAAGCAUUACCUAACAGUUGAGACAAUACUGUUUUUUUAAAUUGUUUUGCUUUGACAUAGGUGUUGCUCUUGGCUGAAGGUUUAUCUUCCUGUCUGACAUUAAAUGCUAAUGAAACAGCAGGACAUAAGGGUUGUAAGCCAGGGGUUAUACCUAACCAGAUACUUGCUAGGAUCUUAAACAAAAGUUUCUACUGUACAUCAAGCCUCCCUGUGCUUUACCCCGAGAGAGGGCGAGGUCGCAGACUGACCACACCUGAGAAUCAGUCUGCAAGGACCACGAGCCUGGAGGAGAAAACCGAAACUUAAAAAGUAAAGGCGAAGCUUUCCCCUUCCCGCUUUCUCUACUCAUGUUUAAUUCUUUCAGUUGGCAGUGUUUAUAAGGCUAAGUGACGGUUAAGUAAAGAAGAGAUAUCUUGCAUUGGAUGGUGCAGAAAAGGAGAAAUGUUUGUUUUGCCUCUGCAGUAGAUAGGGGGAUCAGUCCUGUUUAAAUGAAUAAUAAUUCUGGCUUUCAUAUUAGAAUGAAAAUGACCAGGGCUUUACCAGUCUUUCAAGUUUCCAGUCUCCCCAGUAGAGGAGCUGUGUUCAGUGUGAACUGAAGUGGUCAUGGACUGGAUCAGUAAGAGCCGGCAAUCCCCUCUCUGUUUCCUCUUCUCCUCCACAAUGCUCCUCCUCUCUGAUGAACCAAACUUGAUUGUAAAAACUGAAAACAAAAUGAAAAAAAAAAAUCAAGUCAAGAGAAACAAACUGUAUAAACUUUCUUUCAGACAAUGUGCAGAAGUGAUAAGUUGAAGAGUAGCUGUUUUGGGUUCAUUUUUUGAGUUUCUUCUUUCUAUGGAGUCCAUGGAACCUGGUCAGUUGAGUAUUACCCUGUACAGUGUUUGUAAGAUACAAACUCUAAACACAGAAUCCCUCUCUGUGGAUGUUGGAUUUUUUUAGUACUACUUACUCUGUUCUGUCAGUCAGGAUCAUGUCUGUCUUUUAUUUAUUUAUUGUUAUUCUUCUUAUUCUUCUUCUUAUUUUUAUCAAUCAGAUGUUAGAGGCCCACGAUAACGGAGGAUGGCUUUAACCACAGAUACAAACUUUAACACCUGAUGAGGAUAUAUUAGAGCAAUGUAAGAUAGAAACAAACACCCUGUUAGGUUUAGGGUCAUAUCCUAUUAGAGGAAGAAUCAACAUCGGACCUCAUUCCAGUGGCAUAAACCAACCUCCUUAUCUAUCAUUCACCACCAGAGCAACAAGUGAGUUUUUCUCAAGUGUUGGUUUUGGUGGGCAACAGGCAACUAGGACAACACACACACACACACAUCCACAUUUACACACUCUCUUGCAGUUGUUUUUUGGGUUUGAUUGUCAAAGGUUAAAGGAGUGGUAGGGCUCAGCACUGAGAACUGCUUUUGACGGUUAAUUGCUGAAAGAAAAGGAGCUUUGUCCCAUCAUAUUUACAUUUGAGCACUUAGCCGAGGCUUUUGUCAGUAACGUACAGUGACAGAGCAGGGUGGAGUCAUUUGGACAGGACUUAUGGUUGUUGAUGGACUGUCAGGGGAGUUGCACCCACUGCUUUUCUGUUCUCUAAUCACUACGUCAAUAUGGGCCCCCUACUACACUGACAUAUAGUUUUUUGGAGUUGGUGAGAAUUGAGCAGUUGUUUGUGUCUGAAUGGCCUCACAAAACUGCUCCCAUGCGUGAGAGCGUGCACACAGUUUGAAAAGCAAACAGUUCUUUGGAGACAACUUGCAAGAAUACCCACAUUAAAAAGUUAUUUUGUCUUGUAUUUAGUCCUAAGAGUCUGAAGCUACAGCUAGCAGUCACUUGGCUUAGCUUAGCUUCCAUCAUGACUGAAAACAGGGCAGAAACAGCUAGCAAAAUCCACCUACCAGCACCUAAAAAGUGCACCAUUAAACACAUUAAAAAGUGUUAAAAAUACCAACGUUUACAGGGGGUUGAACUUUAGAGAUGAUUUUGUUAACUUUGGACAGCGCCAGGCUACAUGUUUCUUCCUGUUUUCAGUAUUUAUGCUAAAAUAUGCUAACCUGCUGCUAGUUUUACCAUCAUACUUAUUGUACAGACAGGAGAGAGAUGUUGUCAUGUAACUCUUGACAAGAGAGCAAAUGAGCAUAUUUCCUAAAAAGUGAAACAUUUCUCCAGAAAAUACAACAUUACAAUUAUGCUUAUUAACACCACUGCUCGUCCACUCUGUAGGCGAUGGUUCCUGAUAGAAAGCCCAGCUUCAUCACUCAUCUUCCUUUACUGCAAACAGAGAGAGCAGGCAGUUUCCAUAGUACAGAGAGAGAGCGCAGGAACUGGAGAAAGGCCAUAGAGAGGGCUGAGGAUGUGCAUGUGUGUGUGCGUGUGUGUGGGGGGGUGUCGAGUGCUUGGCGUUUGGUAGCUAAAAAGGAUGAUUUGGCAGAGCAGUAGGUGGAGAUGCGAAAACAGAGGUGCAUGCAUGUGUGUGUGUGUUUGUGUGUAUCUGUAAGAGACAGUGUGUAAGAACACACUGUGCCUCCAUUGCUGUGCAGGGUGUCACAUAGUAAUGUUACAGUACUGCAGCCGCACAGUUUCAGGUCAGGGUGAAUCUGAUCGGAGGAGAGGUCAUGUGACACCAUGUGAGUCAGAGCAGCACAUAUGGCCUCCGCUCGCUCUUCUUGUCAGUCGGAGGUUUGCGUGCACAUUCUGGAGGAGAGUAGGAAAGGAUUCUGUCACAGGCCAAAAAAAAAAUUGCUCAGUUCUGCGUGGGAAGCUAUUUUUGGUGUGAUGACUAAUAGUAACCCCAGUAAUAAUUAUAAUGCUGACAAAUUCACUCUCUGAAACCUUUUUCAGUUUCGCUCUCGCUGUGUCUGACUCAGCCACAUAAUGCAGUUUAUUUUCUCCACUCAUUUAGGCCUAAAUGAGACCUAAAUGAAUAGUUUGACAUUUUCAGAAAAUACACUUAUUUGCUUGUUUGAUGAGAGGAUCAAUACCGCUCUCAUGUUUGUCUAUUCAAUAUGAAGGUAAAGCCAGCAGCCAGUUAGCAGGUUAUAACUCACUGGCAUCUAGUCAAAGAACAACUUGCUGUUUUAUUCACUUUGGUUCUUGUACAGAAUAAAUAAGUGAGAUAUCAUGUGUUAAUUAACAGGCUUCAUAGGUGCUGGCUGGUGGAUUUUGUUACCUUUGUGGAGAGCUGAAGUCACGUUCAGGGUAGCAUCUGCUCCUGUAACUUGGGUAACCCAGUGAAAUUUCUUUCAGCAUUUCUGUCAUUGCUGUACCUGAAAAUACAGCAUUUGCACUAUGAGACCAUGAAACUUUAGCCAUGAAUAAAUAGUAGAUAGUUUAAUAAUAAUUACUUCAUGAGCACAGGAAACCACAGCUCCAGUUAAAAGAACUACAAGCACAGCAGCAAGGGUUACUUCCACCAUCGUAAAUUGCUUUCAUCCAUGUCCACAAUAAGUUCACUUCUUCUCAUUUAAUAUUUUUUCAGCUUUCUGGUUGUAAUCUCUGCUGUCUAAAAAACUCAGCAGUGUUCACACCACUGCGUCUGAGCUAGCUGUGACUCGCUGAUGGACUCGCCGGUGGACUGAUGGGUUUCUGUUGAGUCGUGAGGUUUAGAAUGAAGUUUUUGAAGUUUUUCUAACACUUCUACUGUCUUUACAGAGCUAACUAUCUGCACCUGCUUCUAGUCUUUAUGCUAAGCUCUGCUGCUGGCUGUAUCAAGCUGACAUAAAAGUGAUAUUGAUCUUCUUCUUCAUCAAACUUGAAAUCAAAAUCUAACUUGACAUCAAAAUGAAUCAAUUAAGAGCAUUCAUCAAAUUAUUGCUUUGAAUGAAAUAAACUCCCUUCACUAAUCCAUAGUGAUAACUGGAGAGAUUUCGACUUGAAUUUGGCUGAUGUGAUACAUCACCUGCAGUGACAGUUAGGAAGUAGCACUGAUUUAGCAUAAGAGGACUUGUCCCAGAAUAUGAAGUAUUUUAAGACUGAGGAAAUAACUUAUUCAUUGUUAGUGUUUAGGAAAGGAAAUGCAGUUAAUUGUAAUGUCUUUGCAAGGUGUAGCUGGAGUGAAGAAGAUUCAAGAAGAUUCACACCAAACAAAACAGGCAUGCAUACAUAUCAGCACACAUGCAGACACACUGAUGUUGUCCUGGAGAUGUCUGACUGAUGCUAUUUUUUAAUCAUUAUUUUUCUUUUCAAUCAUUCCAUAGCUGGUUGGGCUGACAGUCAGAGACAGCCGGCCUGAAACGCUGGUUCGGCUGACAGUUCGUCUGAUUGGUUGGUUGUUAGUUUGCCUUAUAGUGGCGUAUAUUGUGUCAAUGCUGGUCUUGGGGUUAUCAGAUCAACAAGAAUGAACAGUGUUGAAGUGGAACACAUGGCUCGAGAUGGAAAUCCACUGGUGUUGUGACAUAACGCGAGCCCGGUGAAAUGAAUUUCUGGUCGGGUGGGGAGAGUUGAGGCUCCUCACUGGUUGACUUUGAAAUCAAGCAUCACUGAAUCAGCUCUGAGCCUUUCCUGAGACUCAUCUUUUGUGUUCUGAUCUCCUGUGUAUGCAUACAGUAUAUGUAUCUUUUUGCCUUGACUGAUUAUGAAGAAAAUAUAUCUAUUUUUUGUAACUGUUCUCUGAUGUGCCAUAACUCAUGUUUUCUUGCACACUGUUAAUAUUUUGUGGAUAUUGCUGUUAAAAAGAUGAUAUUGAGAAGUAGAUAACAUUAAUAAAAAGAUGAUAUAAUAACAAA